CCCCCUCCCUCGCAUUUCAUUUCCCGCUCUGUAAAAACCCUAACCCCUUUUUCAGACACAGAAGAAGAAAACACAGAACCGAAAGAAAUGGGUCAGAAGCAGAAGCACGCUUUGAAAUCAGAUCCCAACGAUGAAACCAAGAAGAAACGCCGUGUUGGAUUUUCCGGCAUAGAUGCUGGGGUUGAAGCCAAAGACUGCAUCAGAAUCUUCCUUGUUUCAAGCAAAGAAGAGUUUGAUGCUCCAGAGAGUUUUAUCAUCAAUCCUGUGGAUUUGAAUAGCUAUUUCGAUGAUGAUGGGAAAAUUUAUGGCUAUGAGGGUUUGAAGAUUAACAUCUGGGUUAGCAGAAUAUCAUUUUAUGCAUAUGCUGAUAUUGCAUUCGACAGUUCCGCUGAUCGAGGCAAAGGGAUAACAGAUCUUAAAGUUGCUCUUCAGGCAAUUUUUGCUGAGACUCUUGUUGAUAACAAGGAUGAAUUCCUUCAAAAGUAUUUGAUGGACAAGGAUUUUGUUAGUAAAAGCAUCUCAACUGGGGAGAUUUUGAAGCACAAAGCUUUCAAGCAUGCUGAUUCGGAUGAUUCUAAUGUUGAGGUUGUGCGUUUGAAAGCAGGCAACAUGGCUACUGGACAACUUUACAGUCAUAUAAUACCCCUUGUUCUUCUCCUUGUUGAUGGUAGCAGUCCCAUUGAUGUUACCGAUUCAAUGUGGGAGCUGUAUGUCGUGGUUCAGAAGAAAACUGAUCAGCAGGGAGAGAUCCAAUGUUUGUUGCUUGGAUUUACUGCCAUUUAUCGAUUUUACCACUAUCCCGAUAACUCCCGAUUGCGUCUGGGUCAGAUACUGGUAUUGCCUCCAUAUCAGCACAAGGGUUAUGGGCGUUACCUUCUCGAAGUGCUCAAUGAUGUUGCUAUAGCUGAAAAUGUUUUUGACCUCACUGUAGAAGAGCCGUUAGAUAACUUCCAACAUGUCCGUUCCUGUGUUGACACACAACGCCUGCUUGGUUUUGAGCCAAUCCAGCAUUUAGUUACUAAGGCUGUUUCACUCCUGAAGGAUGGAAAACUAUCAAAGAGAACACAUUCUCCUCGACUUACACCACCUCCCAGUGCUGUUGAGGAUGUAAGGAAACAUUUGAAAAUUACCAAGACACAGUUUCUCAAGUGUUGGGAGGUUUUGAUCUACAUUGGCCUCAAUCCUAUUGACAAGUACCUGGAGAACUUUGUCAGCGUUAUUUCUGAACGUGUGAAGUAUGAUAUUUUGGGGAAAGAUUCUGGGACUGCUGGGAAGCAACUUAUUGAAGUUCCUUGCAAUGUCAAUGAGGAGAUGUCAUUUGUCAUGUUCAAAUCAGGGGCUGGUGAAGAUAUUGCUGUACAGAUGGAUGACAAUCAGACAAGCCAAGAAGAGCAACUCCGAAAGUUAGUUCAGGAUAGGGUGAAGGAAAUUCAGUUGAUUGCUGAAAAGGUAACCUCGCCUCUUGGGAGUUCAGAGGUGGCUAAUUGAGUUUGACCUUCGUCAAUGUGAACUUCGGUACUUCCUGCUGACCAAUUUGAGUUUGGUUUCACAAUCAGAGAAAUUGUUAUCUUGUUACACAUUUUUACAUUGGCAAAGAGAAAACAAAAACUCGUUUGAGGCAGUCGGUACUGUUUUAGGCUGUUCUUGUAAUUUUCGUAUCAUAGGCUGUGAAGGAACCAUUUGAUGUAGCCUUGAGCUAUUAUAACUGAGAUUAAUUUUCGGAAACAUAGAAGUUGAUUGUCGAUAUCAAAGUUAUGUCUUUUUCAAAUUUUUCUGCUUCUGUUAGAUUGGUACAUUGAAGGAGUUCUAGGUUUUUUUUGGUACUUGUGAACAUCAUUUAGAUUCAUUAUUAACUAGAUCCUGUUUGGAUAAA